AUGGUGGUCAUCAGGCCAGGUGAUCACGUGUGGCUGACCAGCCAUGGCGAUCAAAAACUGCCCGUUGCAAUCGGCGCUCAGAUCAAAAAGUCAGAAGGUGGAAAGCUACUGCUCAUCGACGAUCAAGAAAAUGAACAUGAAGUCUGGAUCGAAAUCGCCAAAGCGGGCAAACAAAUCAAGGCGAUGCAUCCGACUUCGCAAAGUGGCGUGGACGAUAUGAUCCGACUUGGAGACCUCAACGAAGCGGGCAUUUUGAGGAAUCUUCAUCUCAGAUACAAGAACAACAAAAUAUACACUUUCACUGGCGCGAUCUUAGUCGCAGUGAACCCUUAUCAAAUUAUAAAGGGUAUCUACGAUCCGUCAGAAAUCAAGCGAUACACAAACAAGAAGAUCGGAGAACUUCCCCCGCAUAUCUUCUCCAUUGCCGACAAUGCCUACUACAAUAUGCAGAGGAACAAUCGGGAUCAAUGUGUUGUGAUUUCUGGAGAGUCUGGCGCAGGAAAGACUGAAUCUGCCAAAUUACUGUUACAAUUCUUGGCCGAAGCGUCUGGCCAGCAGAAUAUGGAACAAAGAAUCGAAAAGCAAAUCCUAGACUCGAACCCAGUUCUCGAAGCCUUUGGAAACGCGAAAACUGUUAGAAAUGAUAAUUCAUCGCGUUUUGGAAAAUUUAUUGAGCUGCAAUUCAACAGAAGAGGGGCGAUUGAUUCGGCAAGAAUCGAGCAGUAUCUUCUGGAAAAAUCGCGUCUCGUCCGCCAGAGCGAGCAAGAACGAAACUACCACAUUUUCUACUACAUGUUGGCUGGAAUGAGCGGCGAGGAGAAGACGCGUCUGGGCCUGACCAAACCCUCAGACUAUCAAUACCUCUCCCAGGACAACGUGAACAAGGCACUGUCGAACAAGUGCUACGGAAAAGGGCACGGUUCGUGUCUCUUCGUUCAGGGCCACAACGACGCUGACGAGUACCACAAGCUGAUGGAUGCGAUGAAAACGCUGGGCUUCAAAGACGUCGAGUUGCGAGAAACGUUCAAAUUGCUCGCAGCGCUUCUGCAAAUUGGAAACUUCGAGUUCGAAGAAGCGAUGAUUGACAACCUCGAUGCUUGCCAUUUGAUUUACAAUUCCGGCGUGAAGCAAGUCUGCGCGCUGCUGGAAGUCAUCGAUGAUGUCCUAAUCAAGUCGAUCACGCACCGAACUUUGAACAUGAGAGGCGAAGCUGUUACCUCGCCGAUGAAUAUGAACAUGGCUAGGGACGUAAAAGAUGCUCUUGUCAAGGGAAUCUAUGGAAGGCUUUUCGUCUGGAUUGUGGAAAAGGUCAACUCUACCGUCAACAAAACUAAAGAUGGCGUCAAGCGAAAAAGAAAAGAUGAUCCCAACCGUGGUCACUCAAUCGGUCUUCUCGAUAUUUUCGGCUUCGAGAACUUCGGCAAAAACUCUUUCGAGCAACUGUGCAUCAACUUCGCAAAUGAAAACUUGCAGCAGUUUUUCGUCCGACACGUUUUCAAAAUGGAACAAGAAGAGUACGAGCGAGAAGGGAUCCACUGGCGGAGCAUCGAGUUCACUGAUAACCAGGACAUUCUGGACAUGAUCGCCGCCAGACCUAUGAACAUUUUGAGCUUGAUCGAUGAAGAAUCUAUGUUUCCGCGAUCUACUGAUAGAACAAUGUUGAUCAAGCUGUCGCGAACGCAUGGAAAGAACAGAUUUGAAGAACUCUUCGAUUCAUCAAAAAGAGCGCCCACUCUCUGCGAACAGUUCCGAAAAUCACUGGAUUCGCUGAUGAGAACAUUGAUCAAAUGCCAGCCUUUCUUCGUUCGAUGCGUCAAACCAAACGACAUCAAGCAGCCGGGACUGUUCGAUCGGGAACUGGUCUGCCAGCAGCUUCGAUAUUCUGGAAUGAUGGAGACGAUCCGAAUUCGGCGUCAAGGCUAUCCGAUGCGAUACGAAUUCGCUGCCUUUAUUGAUAGGUACCGGGUUUGUAUCGGCGCGAUGCCUCGCUCAGCUGUCAACCAGAACUUGAAGGAAUCUGCCUCGAAGAUUUGUCGGCUUAUCCUCAAGGACGAUGAAUGGCGAGUUGGAUUGACAAAGGUUUUCCUCAAGGACGAACACGAUGUUGAAAUGGAAGUUGGUCGAGAAAAAGCUCUCCUCAAAUACGUCCUCGUUCUCCAACGAGCUAUCCGGGGAUGGUACGCGAAAAGAACCUUCCAGCGUCUCAAAAGAUCCGUUGUCAAGAUUCAAGCGCUUUGGCGAGCAUACAGAGCGAGGAAAGCUUACAGAGAGAUGAUUCAAGGUUAUGGUCGACUGCAAGCUCUCUGGAGGGCCAGAAGACUCGCUUUUAGAUACAACUUUGCAAGAAAGCGUAUUAUCGGCUUACAGGCCUACAUCAGAGGACAUAUGAUGAGAAACCACAUCGUCGCCAAGCGAGAUGCCAUUGUCACAAUUCAAGCGUACACAAGAGGAAUGAUCGACAGAAAGAACUAUAGGAAGCUUCUGUUCCUCAGAGCUUGUGAAGAACUUCCAGCGAAGGAGAAGAAGAAAAGACUUGAGGAGUUUGAAACAGCAGAAAAGGCUACCUUACAGUCUCUGAUUGAGAAAAGAAAGAGAUCGCAAGUCAAGACUUCGAAGAAGAAAGACAAGGAGAGAGAAAGAGAGCAGUAUCAGGGACGAAAGGAUUAUCAUUUCGAAAAAGCCGCAGCGAUGAUGUCUGAAUCAGAAUCGGAAGAAGAAGAUGCAGGAAGAGCUGCAAUUGUAGAGGAAGUGGAAGAAGACUUGGCUGAAUACUCGUUCCAUAAAUUCUCCUCGACCUACUUCGUGAGCGCUUCAACGUGUAACUUUUCGAAGCGCCAAAUCAGAGAACCGCUGCUUCAUAUUGAUGAUGAACACUCACGCAAAGUGGCUCUCUGCAUUUGGACAACGAUUCUUAGAUUCAUGGGAGAGUUACCCGAGUCCAAGUACAACAAGGCCGACAUUGAGGAAAUCGAAAUUGUACCAGUCAUGACGAAAAUUUACGAAACGAUGGGACUGUCCUACGCUCGAGGAAGAGGAGUGCUCGAUGAGAAAGACAAGGAAAAGGAAGAUAACAAGAACAAAAUGAUAAAAAUCAAGCUUGGAAAAACAGCGACCACAGAUCAUGAUCCUCGACGAUUUGUUGACAAACCCUCGACAAAUCUUGAAAAACUCCAUUUUAUAAUAGGAUCUGGAAUUCUCCGACCACAUCUACGUGAUGAAAUCUACUGCCAAAUAAUGAAGCAACUCACCAAUAACAGCUCGCGACCCUCUCACGCUCGAGGAUGGCUUCUCAUGUCUCUCUGUCUCGGUUGUUUUGCCCCGACUGAGCGGCUCACAAAAACUCUCAAGAACUUCCUUCGAAAUGGCCCUGCCAGUUACGGGCCUUACUGCGAAGACAAACUUCGCCGAACACUUUUGAACGGGACCCGGCAGCAGCCCCCUAGCUGGAUGGAACUUACAGCAGCAAAAUCAAAGAAGCCGAUCAUGAUUACUGUGACUUUCAUGGAUGGUACAACGAAGUCGCUUCUUUGUGACAGUGCAACUACUACACGAGAACUGACAAAGAGUUUAUCUGACACGAUUAAUUUAACAGACACGUUCGGAUUUUCCUUGUUCAUCGCGCUUUUCGAUCACGUCGAGUCUAUCGGAUCUGGCAACGACCACGUGAUGGACGCGAUCAGCAGAUUCGAGCAAAUCGUCAAGAAAGACGGCGCCCAGGAACGACACGCGCCCUGGAGAAUCUUCUUUAGAAAAGAAAUCUUUAGCCCGUGGCAUAAAGCUGAAGAAGACAAGGUCGCUACUAAUUUAAUCUACCACCAGAUUUGCCGAGGCGUUAAAUUCGGCGAAUACAAGUUUGAUUCUGACGAGAAAAUGGCGGAUCUAGCGGCGAAGCAGUACUACAUCGAGUUUGGCAGUGACAUUUCCGGGUCGAAAGUGAUGCCAGUAGUGCCACAGUGGAUUCCUGAUCGAGUCCUGUCAAAGAAAUCUCCAUCCAAGUGGGCAGCUUUGAUCGUCGACCGCCACAAACAAGGAGAACACGUGCGAGGAAGAUGGGAGCCAAAGAUGGUAAAGGACCACAUCGUCAAUCGAGCUCGUUUUCACUGGUCGAUUCUCUUCAGCAGAUUCUACGAAGUUAUGCCGAUGGGAAGCGAUGCCGAAUCGCUGCUAGGUCCGAAAACAAAGGGGAUCGUGGCGAUCAACUUUGCAGGAAUUAUGGUCUUCACUCAAUCAGAGCGACUACUGCUCAGAAUCGAUUUUGUCGAGCUGAGUGGAAUCUCCGUCAGUAGAAACCUCGACGAUGUAGCAAUCGCCUUCAUUGUAACGACGAUCCAAGGGAAGGACUAUCAAUUCGGCUCUCAAAACUGCGCCGAUGUCCGAGAACUUGUAACGACAUUCAUGGAAGGGCUGAGAACAAGAUCCAAGUACGUGGUCGCGAUGCAGAAAAAUCCCGAUAAGGUGGCAAGUGGAGAAGAUGGAUCGAAGUUCUUGAAGUUCAAGAAAGGCGAUUUGAUCAUGUUGGACGAGCCGGCGGGAAAUAAUCUGCUGACGUCUUCGUGGGCGUCUGGAACAAACUCGACUACGGCGGAAUCAGGGGAUUUCCCUGCGGAUUGCGUUUGGGUACUACCGACGCUAACGAAGCCUACUUCGGGGACCAUUGAUUUGUUCAAAAUGUCGAAGUCUGAGUUGGAAAGCUUGAGCAGUCGAGCACCGCAGAAUCAGUUCAAUGUAACGGACAACACGGACUGUAUCUACACUUUGGAAGAAUUCGCGAUGGAGUUCUUCAACCCGAUGCACCAGGAAACUGGCGGCGGUUUUUUCAACUUCUCCAAGAAAGAGCGCGAAAUCGUCUGGGCAAAGACGCAAGAGCCUAUUCGCACGUCACAUUUGCGAUCGGUGCCACAUGACAUCAUCGACGCAGCGGUUAUUAUGUUCACGACUGUGCUCAAGUACUGCGGCGACUAUCCGAGCAAGCGACCAAAACAGGGAAACGAGCUCACAGACGCGAUCUUCAACAUCCCCCUGAACAGCAACGGCCUCCGAGACGAGCUGUUCGUCCAGCUGAUGCGCCAACUGACCAACAAUCCGAUCCCCUACUCGGAAGAACGCUGCUGGGAACUGAUGUGGCUCGCGUGCGGAAUCUUCUCGCCGACGGAAGAAGUGAUGCCCUACUUGGUCAAGUUCUUUAAUUCGAGAAAAGCAGUUUACCCGAUCGCCGAUGAGUGCUCCAUCAGACUGCAAAAGACGAUUCGGGCUGGUUGCAGAAAAUAUCCGCCGCAUUUGGUCGAAGUUGAGGCGAUUCAGAAUAAAACUACUCAGAUAUUUCACAAAGUGUACUUCCCAGACGACACAGAUGAAGCCUUCGAAGUCGAAAGCUCUACCAAAGCGCGCGACUUCUGCCAGAACAUCGCGAAUAGAUUGAGAUUGAAGAGCAGCGAGGGAUUUUCGCUCUUCGUCAAGAUCUCUGAGAAAGUCAUUUCCGUCAAGGAGGAUAACUUCUUCUUUGACUUCGUCAGGCAGCUGACCGAGUUGCUGAGGAAAAACAAGAGGACUUUUGAGAGCCCGCAGUUAACUUAUCAAGUUUUCUUCAUGCGAAAACUGUGGUCGAUGUGCAUUCCGGGCAAGGAUCUGAACGCAGACUGCAUCUUCCAUUUCCAUCAAGAACUGCCAAAGUACCUGCGCGGCUACCACAAGUGCACGAAGCUCGAGGCGGCGCAACUGGCGGCAUUCGUUUACCGCGUCAAAUUUGGGGAGGACAAAUCUCAGUUUCCAGCGAUUCCCAAAAUGCUGCGCGAGCUCAUUCCUCAGGACAUGAUCAAACGGACGGGACAGGACGAGUGGAAGCGCUUGAUCGUCGCUGAGUUCAAUAAAAAUGCUGGAAAGGCGAAAGAAGACGCCAAACUGGCAUUCUUGAAGGUGAUCCAGAAGUGGCCGACGUUCGGCUCCGCCUUCUUCGACGUCAAACAGACCUUUGAUCAGACGCUGCCGAUGGCGAUCAUUAUAGCAAUUAAUAAAUUAGGCGUCUCGUUAAUCGACCCAGGAUCGAAGGAAAUCUUGGUUACUCAUAAUUUCGCGAAAAUCUCGGACUGGGACUGCGGCGAUAACUAUUUCACCAUGUCGAUCGGAGCUAAUCACGCUGGCUCGAAGCUCAUGUGCGAGACGACUCUUGGGUAUAAAAUGGAGAACCUGCUCUCUUCCUACAUCGACCAGAUCCACAACAAUUUGAAAAAGCAGCGCAGCCGAAAGCUUUAA